ACGGUACUGCCAAACCCAAAAGGAGGGCCGAGAUAAUUCCAAUCUCCUUCCUCCUCUCGCCCCCAAUUCCUGUGUCGUUUUCCCGCCCGAUCGACGAGACUUCCUCUCGCAGUGCACGAGACGACGCACGCGGAUCGAACCUUCUAGGUUGUUUCUAAGCUAUAGGCGGGUUUUCCUUUCGAAUCAUCGUGCGAGUACCAAAGCGCGGCGAUGUCUGCUUCCACUGCUGCAGCAAUCGCGGCAUCGCCGGCCACCAAUAAUGGUGCAUCUCUGAGUUUAGAUGCAGACACAAAAUCGAAUGCAAAGAGGAGAACGAUGGUGGUCGUGGAGAAGAGGGUGAGUGCCGAUGGGCUUGCUGAAGGGGCGAUAAAUGGGAUUGUUAAUGGGAAGGAUCUAAGCCAUACGAUAAGGGGAGAAUCUGUGAUUGAGAGAAGAAAAGAUUAUUCACAGUUGAAGAAGCGGUUGAUUGCUUCAUCCACAGGAUCCCCACGGCACAAGAAAGCAGCACCAAAACCUGGGAAAUCCAAGUGGCAAACUGUCAUUAGUGUCCUUACCAAGAACUGCUUGCUUCUUGCAGUCCUCGUAUGGUUGGGGCAGACUAUUUGGAGAUGGAGUUUCAGCAUAGGAGACAAUGCGAACUCUUCACUUGCUGCUUUUGAUUAUGAAAGCAGGAUUUCUGAAGUUGAGAUAUCUUUAAAGAAGACUGCUAAGAUGUUGCAGGUACAACUAGAUGUAGUAGAUAAGAAAAUUGGAAGUGAGAUAGGGAUUUUGACCAAGGAAUUGUUGGAGAAAGUCGAAAAAAAAGGAACAUUGUUUGAGGAGGAGUUGAAGAAGUUGGCAACUAAAACUGAUUCUUUGGACAAGUCUUUGGGCGAAUUCAAGGACAAGGAUCUGCUAUCAAGGGAAGAAUUUGAAACUCUUCUGACUGAGUUAAAAAACAGUAAAGGUGUAGACGAUAGUAAUAUGAAUUUGGAUUUGGAUCACAUUAGGACGUUUGCCAGGGAUAUUGUUCGGAAAGAGAUAGAAAAGCAUGCAGCUGAUGGUCUUGGAAGGGUUGAUUAUGCUUUAGCUUCUGGUGGGGCCAAGGUGGUUAGGCAUUCAGAGCCCUAUGGUUUUGGCAAAGGUAACGGUUGGUUCACAACUGCUAAAGGUCGUAACAGAGUUCAUGCUAGUGCAAACAAGAUGCUGGAGCCUAGCUUUGGAGAACCUGGCCAGUGUUUUCCUCUUCAAGGAAGCAGUGGAUUUGUUGAAAUUAAGCUAAGAACAGGGAUCAUACCUGAGGCUGUCACGCUGGAGCAUGUCUCUAAGAGUGUGGCUUACGACAGAUCGAGUGCCCCCAAAGAUUGCCAGGUCUCUGCUUGGUUUGAAUCCUCCGAGGAAGACCCAUCUGGUGGUGUGAAGAAGGUUUUUGCCUUAACUGAGUUCUCCUACGACCUCGAGAAGAGCAACGCACAAACGUUCGAUGUAGAGGCGAGGGACUCCGGCGACGUCGUCAACACGGUUCGGCUCGACUUCACCUCCAACCAUGGGAGCACUGCUCUGACCUGCAUCUAUCGCUUCAGGGUGCACGGUCACGAGCCCAGUACAGCUGCAGCCAUGGGUUUGCAGCCCUGAGGGAGCAUGCUUUAUGUUGUACCCACCCUUAUUUUCUGAUCGUAGGGCAUCCUCUUCGCAUCUUCUCUCUGCUCCUUUUGUCUGAGAACAGAUGGACUUGGGAUCUUCUGAUCAUUUUGACCCCUUUCUGUUCUUGCGGGUAGCAGCAGCUGCUACACUGAGACGGUGCCAUCUAUUUUAUUGCAUGUACGAAUGUGGAACAUUCGUAUUUUGUUCUCUCA